UCGCAUCUGAUACUGCAUUUAUCUUCAACCUUCAAUCGUGCAAACGAAACCCUUCAUGUCAUUUUGCGUAAGUUAAUCUGACUGCACUGUAAUCUCGUUUUAUAUCAACCAUUUUUUCCGAUUUUCUUUUGUGCUUAGUUCCCAAUUCGUACUUUUUACUAUCGUUUUAUUAUCUCAUCGAAAGUUUCCAAUCAGUAUUUGUGUCAAUAUACUCUGUUCUUGAUUUUACCCCAAACCCUACUUCUGCCUGAGAUUUAAUUGGUCAAUUUCGUAUAGUUUGGUUAGUUAGGCCAAAUAAUUUUGAAAAUCCUUUGAUUUAAGCGGAGUAUUAGCCUAGAACUUCUUCUAGAUAUUACUUUUACCCAUAGGGGUAGAGAGGUUGCUUCCAUGAAUACCCCCAACUUGCAAUACAAAUAAACAAAAGAAUAAAUGAGCAAGCUACAGGUGAGAGCUUGUGCAAACAAGCAAACAGGAAAUGCAUAGUGUGUGAGACAAAUUAGAUAUAGAGUGGUCCGCUAUAACUUAAAAGCCAUUGUAAUUCUUACACUAUGGUUGGCAGUCUCGAACCCUCGUCUGCUUGUGCAAGUGUAUACACCACCCCAGAACUGACUUGUAUCUCUUUUGGCAAUCUUCAGCCUUUUGAAUCAAAAUGCUUGAAAUCAUGCCAUUGAACGCUAUUUCUUUGGAGCCAACAAAGCUACCUUUGUUUCCAUACGGUACUAAAAUUCGUGGUUCCAAGAACAAAUCUAAUAGAUUUCCCAAGUUCAGUGCGGUGCUCGUUGAUGUGCAAUCUACGAACAAUACACUAUCGAAAAGGUUUGAGAUGCCCAACCCUAAACCAGAUGCCCCAGGGUCGAUAAACGAGUCGAAAAAAGGUCUUCAUCUACAUAAGGCUCUCUGGUGAAUCUUGUUUUUUUUACUAACUCAUUCCAGCUCCAUCAAGGCCUGGCAUUGUGCUCAGCUAUGGCGGAGCUGAAGCAAUAUCAUUCCCAAAUCAUCAAACUCGGCCUUCAAGCUGAUAACGAUGCCAUGGGUAGGAUCAUCAAGUUCUGCGCGAUCUCAAGAAACGGCGAUUUGCGUUACGCCCUCAAAAUAAUUAACAACUUGCUGCAGCCGGACGCCUUCAUUUACAACACCGUUUUUAGGGGUUUCUUGCUGUUUCAUCUUUCUAAAGACUGCAUACAACUAUACUCGCAAAUGCUGCAGAAUUCCGUCACUCCCAAUAAGUUUACGUUCCCUCCGGUCGUAAGAGCAUGUUCUUUCGGUAAUUCUAUCGACGAAGGGAAGCAAGUUCAUGCCCAGAUUCUGAAAUUUGGAUACCAUUCCGAUGGUUUUUCUCAGAACAACUUGAUUCAUAUGUAUGUGAGCUUCAAGGGUUUGGAUGAAGCAAGAAAGGUGUUCGACAAAAUGCCUCAGAGAGAUGUUGUUUCUUGGACGACGUUAAUCAGCGGUUAUUCUCAAUCGGGGUGCAUUGAUGAGGCUCGGGAAGUGUUCGAAAUGAUGCCCGAAAAAAACCCGGCUUCGUGGAACGCCAUGAUUGCAGCAUAUGUUCAAAAUGACCGUUUCCGUGAAGCGUUUUCGCUGUUUGACGAAAUGCGGUUGAAUCGAGUCGAAUUGGACAAAUUUGUGGCAGCCAGUAUGUUAUCAGCUUGUACAGGGCUAGGAGCAAUGAAACAAGGGGAAUGGAUACAUGAUUAUAUUAAGCGAAAUGAGAUAGAAAUCGAUUCAAAACUAUCGACAACGAUCAUCGAUAUGUACUGCAAAUGCGGGUCCCUCGAAAAGGCAAUUGAAACGUUCAACGAGUUACCAUCCAAAGGAGUUUCCUCCUGGAAUUGCAUGAUCGGGGGAUUUGCGACACACGGGAAAGGCGAGGCUGCGCUCGAGCUUUUCAAGAAAAUGGAGAGCGAAUCGGUGCAACCGGACUACAUCACGUUCGUGAACGUACUAAGUGCGUGUGCUCAUUCCGGGUUAGUCGAAAAAGGACGCUACUAUUUCCGGUACAUGGUCGAAGCUCACGGGAUUUCUCCGGGAACCGAGCAUUACGGAUGCAUGGUGGAUUUACUCGGGCGGGCGGGAAUGUUCGACGAAGCAGUAAAGCUGAUAAGUCAGAUGCCAAUGGAACCUGACGUCGGUGUGAUGGGUGCGCUUCUCGGAGCAUGUAAAAUCCACAAAAACAUCGACCUCGGAGAGCGAAUUGGAAAAGAAGUCAUCGAACUCGAACCGAAUAACAGUGGUCGAUACAUAUUAUUAGCAAACAUAUACGCCACCGCUUCAAAAUGGGAUGACGUUGCUAACAUUCGAAAGUUGAUGAACGACCGUGGAGUCAAGAAAACACCGGGGUUUUCGGUAAUCGAAGUGGGGUCCACCGUCAACGAGUUUAUUGCCGGGGGACGGGCUCAUCCCGAAUCGAAAGAGAUAUACGCAAAAGUGGAUGAAAUGUUGGCCGGGAUUCGAUCGAUCGGGUACGUUCCCGAAACCGAGAGCGUGUUGCACGAGAUCGAUGAAGAGGAUAACGAAAACCCGUUGUUUUACCACAGCGAGAAGCUGGCAAUCGGGUUCGGUUUGUUGAAGUCGAAACCGGGGGAUAUUUUACGGAUUACGAAGAAUUUACGAGUAUGUAAAGAUUGUCACGAGGCAAGUAAAUUGAUUUCGAGGUUUUUUGAUCGAGAAAUAAUCGUUAGAGAUAGAAGUCGAUUUCAUCAUUUUAAACAAGGGGUGUGUUCUUGUAACGAUUAUUGGUGAUUUUGAUCUUACAAUUUUCUGUAAAUUUCAGUAAUUAAAAAAAAAUGAGUGAAUUAUAGUUUGACAAAUAUGCCCCUGAGGCUGAGGUGGAUCAUCGAUGAAUAUAUUAUACAUUGCAUAAUUAGAUUAUAUUGCUACAUUCAUUGAUGAAUAUGCAGUAUAUUAGUUUGUAUCGUUC